AUGGGGACUAGUUUCCUGCGAACAAUCCUCCAACGCCUUUGCUGUGAUUCUCCGUGGGAUUAUGCGGUUUUUUGGAAGCUUAAGCAUCAACAUGAAAUGGUAUUGGUGUGGGAAGAUGGCUUCUAUGAUCCUAUGAAGCUAAGAGAUCCCUUAUUGGAUCCGACAGAAUAUCCGUGUUUUGAACUCCCGGACAAGAUAUUGCCCUCUUUCCCUUCAACUACCCUCGAUGGAAUACCUUGUGAAAAUCCAAUUGGGCUUGCUGUAGCUGAAAUGUCAAGUGCUUCACAUGUAGUGGGAAAAGGGCUUGUGGGAAAAACGGCAUUCACGGGGAAUGCUAGAUGGAUAUACUCAGACAACAUAGUAUCUAAUUUGUUCAAUUCUAUUUUUCCUGAGUAUCAGGAUGAAUGGCUGCUUCAGUUUUCAGCUGGAAUUAGGACUGUAUUACUUUUGCCUGUAAUGCCACAUGGAGUUCUGCAGCUUGGAUCAGUAGCAAUGGUGGCUGAAGAUGCAGCUAUAGCUGCUUAUGUAAAAACCAACUUCGAAUCCCACAUGAUGGAAGCCUUUCUGUACGGCUCCGAAUAUUCGGCUCAUCAGUUAUCAACAAUGUUUAAUUUUCCAGAUAAUUUGGAUGAAGCUUCAGCUCUCACCUCAGGAAAAGUAAAUUUAAUAGAGAAUCAAAAUACGACUCGUGUUGUUCAAGAUUUUCGCGAUUUGCGCCGGUGUUUUGUUGUCCAUUCUCGUGAAACUUGGUCUGAGGUUGACUUAAAUGCUGAUAGUUCAUCAAACAAGUCGAACAUUACUUCAUCCAAUGUGUCAUUAUCGGAAAAUUUGGCUUCUUCUGGAAAACACGAUAAAUCAACAAAAACUGCUGGAGUCGGAAAAUGUAAUGUCUGUUUUGAAUCUAUUGAACCUGGAAAAAGUGCUGCCAAAAUUAGUGCAGUUUCUGAUAAGCAACGAAAGAGAAAAGGAUUCGACUCGGUAGACCCUGGAAAAUUAUCGAGAUUACCGGUUACCAAAAAGAAAAGGAUUCAAGAACGGCUGAAGGAGCUUAGGGACCUUGUGCCAAAUAGUGAAAAUUGUAGCAUUGAUGGACUUCUUGAAAAAACCGUAAAGCACAUGCUCUUAUUAAGGAACGUAACCAAGGGGACUCAUAAAUCGAGGCAUCACAAAACGGAAGUUGAUGAAAUGACAACAAAACCAGCCAAACUCAACCGGGCACGCGAGAAGGGAACAAGCUGGGCCGUUGAAUUAGGAAGUGAGCCACAAUCUUGCCCUGUUUUUGUGAAAGAUCUCAAUCAUCCCGGACAAAUGCUUAUACAAAUGGCUUGUGUGGAUCAUGAUCGGUUUCUGCAGAUUGCUGAUAUCCUUCAUCGUUUGCAAUUAACUAUCCUCGAGUGCGAUAUGGAAGAGAGCACUGAUAGUUAUUCGUGGGCCCGCUUUGUUGUUGAGACGAACAGAAGCUUCCACCGGCUGGACAUAUUGUGGCCGCUCAUGAAGCUGGUGCAAGAAAACGGGCCUCCCGGUUCAAGCAAGAUUUAA